GGCUUAAAGCCUCCCCUCUAUCGCCAUAUUGGGCACCGAAAAGCCUCCUGUUAUUUCUUCCUUUUACUACGACGCUGAAGUUGACAGGAGUGGCUGUCGUGAGUGCAUUUUGUUUUGAUGCUCUCUCUCUCUCUCUCGCUCACACACACGCACACACACACACGCGCACACACACACACUCACUCUCUGCUCGGGGGCUUUAAAGUGUGUCUCCUGCGUGGCACGCGCGCGUUCGGUGCCACUGGGGUUUUGACGCCUGUUGUUUUGGUUCUGGACGAAACUGGACUUUCUGAUUAAUAUUUAUAUAUAAAACAACAUUUUGGUGGCGUGUGUGUAUGCGUGUAAUAUUUAAAAAUCCAUAACAAGCUGUAAGAACGAUGUCUAACGUGCGCGUGUCGAACGGGAGCCCGACCCUGGAGCGGAUGGACGCUACGCGGCUGUCGGAUCAGACGCCCAAACCGUCAGCGUGCAGGUCUCUGUUCGGUCCGGUGGAUCACGAGGAGUUAAAGAGGGAGUUAACGGGCCACCUGAAGGCGAUGGAAGAGGCGGCGGCCGAGACGUGGGGCUUUAACUUCUCCACACACACACCGCGGCCCAACGCCAGGUUCAUCUGGAAGCUGGUGGACAGCGAGGACUUACCGAGUUUCUACAGCGCGUCUGAACAGAGCAAAGGUGUGUGUGUGUGCGGGAAUAACGGCGUGGAUCUAAACGGGAACUGUGGACUAACAACCAGCAGCGAGGAGAAAGAGGACAGGUCUGAAAAACAAGCCGACAGGACGGACAGGAGAAAAAGACCUGCGUGUGUCGACUCGUCGUGUCCGAGUAAACGCUCGCGCACCUGUUUAGAUGAAACUCCUCACACGCCGAAGAAAUGCAGUCCGCCGAGACACACGUGAACACGUCAACACAGCGGAGAGCUGAAGAUGUUCUCUCCCUCCUGACGGCUUCAGUGCUUGGCAAACAAAACAUUCACGGCGUGAAGAACGAUAGGAAAGGAAAAGCUUGUCAGCUCAAAUAGCGGGGAGAUUGGACAAGCACUGAAACAAACAUUGUGGCACUAAAAAAAAAAAAAAAAAUCAACUGCCUCAAAAGCAGUCUAUGUAGCAGUGUGCAAUUAGGUUUAAUCUCCUUUUUUGCUCAUUCUUAUUUUCUUACUACCUGUGUACAUAUUUUCUUUUUGUAUGUAGCACAUAAUACAUAUUACUUUUUUUUUUUUUUUUUUUUUUUUUAUUUUAAGUCUUGGACUAGGGUGAAUUCCAAUUGACUGGAAGAGCUGCAAUUUAGGGUUUUCUCAAAAAAAAAAAAAAACUAAUUCCCAAAAUGCUGUUUUUUUUUUUUUUUUUUUUUAAGGCGGUGUACCCGAGAUUUUUUUAUUUUUUAUUUUUUUCUUUCCACUGGAUGUCUCUUUGUGUUCCUUUGUGUCACUGAAAACCAUCGGAGUGUCCACACACGCUCGGAACAGCUGUGCACACCUACAGUACAGCGCUCGGGUGAUACACGGUACAUAGAUCGGUGUGGUUUCCAGGUCUCUUCAAAAGAAAACCUCAUCCAAUCAAUAUACUCUGUAGAUAACGCAGAGCUUUAUCUAAAAUCGCACGCUAAAAUCGAAAUGAUUCUCUUCUAUAAUUUAUGUCUCUGAUUCUGAUUAGGACAGCUGAGCGAUCGAGUUCAGUCAAACCAUGUAGCAUCAACCAGUAUUAACACCACGUGAGGCACUUACUGAAAGACUAAAGUAUCCCUCAUUUAUUCAUAAAUUAUUCUUUAAUAUGUAUCUUGGUGGGGUUUUUUGUGUGUGUGUGUGUGUGUGUGUGAAAUCUUCUACUGAUGGCCUUUCCUGUUUCGUUUCACGCUGUUCGACACCAGCACUCCCACACAUCUAAAGUAAUAUCAGAAAUCUCUCAGCUGUAUGCACCUACACUCCCAUUUGAUUCCGUGGUAAAUGAUGACAAUUUUUAUUUAUAGAAAUAAAGUAUAAAUUAAUAUUUCUGCAGAA